GGAAGUUUUGCUUUCUGUCAUUUCCCACAAACGUUUUCUGUUUAUAUGGGGACCAGGACUUCCUGGAUUAGAAACCAAGAUGCAGAGAUAAUAAAGAGUAGCGAGCAUCUCUAAAGAACAUAAGAAAACAUGUCAGAAAAUGGAAGACCUGUUGCAAACUUUUUUUUCUGUGGUUGUGUCCUUGCAUUAACCCUCUGGAACAAUAUCAAGUUGUCAGAAGAAAAUGAAUUUACCAAAAAUUAUUCAAAUAACUUAAUAGAGGACUCUGAAGCCAAGAGCCUGCCACAGUCAGAUGCAGAGAGUCUUCAGUUUAGAGCCCCAAACCCUCAAAAUACCCAAUCCAACUGGAUGGUUAUAGAAAAUACUACAGAAUGUUUAGGAUUGUCAAAUAUUUCAAAUAAAGGAAUCGAAGAUUUAAAACAACUAUUGUCCAAAUUCAAUAAAAAAUCAAGAUUACAAAAUCUAACACUGGAAAACAUUGUGAUAACCUGGAAAGACUUUAUCACAAUUCUUGAGAUUGUAUGGCAAACAUCUGUUGAAUAUUUCGAUAUCCACAAUAUGACACAGGUAAAGGAUAUUGAAAAACAACAUUUUAAUUAUGUUGAUACCUCUCUAAAAGCAUUGACAAUAGACAAAGUUUCCAUCAUGGAUUUAUAUUUUACCCAGACUGACCUAUACUUGGUAUUUUCAGAAAUGAACAUUCUAGCGUUGACAAUAUCUGAUUCAAAAAUGUUGCAUAUGCUUUGCCCUUCAACAAUCAGUCCAUUUCGGUACUUAAGCUUUGCAAACAAUGAUAUAACUGACCUACUUUUCAAAGACUGCAAAACCUUAGUUCACCUGGAAACACUCAUUUUAAGGAAGAAUCAGUUUAGAGAACUUUCCAAGGUGAGCUCAAUGACUAGAGAAAUGAUAUCUUUGAAAUAUUUGGAUAUGAGUCAGAAUCCACUGAAGUGUGAUGAGGAACAGAAAAAGCACUGCAGCUGGACUGAAACUCUAGUCAAACUGAACUUGUCCUCAAACAAAUUGACAGACUCGGUCUUCAAAUGUUUGCCACUCUAUGUCCAGAUACUUGACCUGCAAAAUAACCAAAUCAGUACCAUCCCCAAGGAGAUUACUGAGCUGCAAGCUUUGAGCGAGUUGAAUAUUGCCUUUAAUAGACUCACUGACCUGCCUGGGUGUAGGCAUUUCAGUGCUCUGGAAUUCCUGAAUAUAGAAAUGAAUCAAAUUCUUACUCCCUCUUCUGAUUUGUUCCAGAGCUGUCAAAAUAUCAGAAGGCUAAAAGCAGGACUAAAUCCAUUAAAAUGUUCUUGUGAAUUACAAGACUUUAUUAAUCAUGCAAAACAAAGCUCUUCAAGGCUGGGGGGCUGGCCAGAAAUGUAUGUAUGUGAAUAUCCAGAAGGCUGGAAAGGAACCCAACUAAAGGAUUUCCAUUUGUCCAAAAUAGCUUGCAAUACAGCUCUCUUGCUUGUCACUGUUCUAAUCAUUACAGUGGUCUUUGUGGCUUUGGUGUCUUUUCUGUGCAUCUAUUUUGAUGCCCCGUGGUAUUUGAAGAUGAUGUGGCAGUGGACACAAACAAAGCGACGGGUUUGGAACAGUCACCCUGAUGAGCUACCAAGCCAUUUACAGUUUCAUGCUUUCAUUUCAUACAGUGAACAUGAUUCUUUAUGGGUGAAGAAUGAUCUGAUACCAAAUCUGGAGAAGGAAGAGGGGUCCAUACAGCUGUGUGUGCAUGAGAGGAACUUCAUUCCAGGCAAAAGCAUUGUGGAGAACAUCAUUAACUGCAUUGAGAAAAGCUACAAAUCCAUCUUUGUUCUGAGUCCCAAUUUUGUGCAGAGUGAAUGGUGCCAUUAUGAGCUUUACUUUGCCCACCACAAAUUGUUUAGUGAGAGCUCAAACAGCUUGAUCCUCAUUUUACUGGACCCAAUUCCUCAGUAUAUCAUUCCUGCUCGGUAUCACAAGCUGAAAGCACUUAUGGCCAAGAGAACGUACUUGGAGUGGCCCAAGGAGAAAAGCAAACACAGACUCUUCUGGGCUAACCUUAGGGCAGCAAUUAACCUUAAUCUGCCGGUGUCUGUUGAAAGAAGUUAGGUAGUAAACUAAUUCUUAGUCUAUUUCUAACACUUUUUUUUCUGAUGAAUAAUAAAUAUCAGGAUAUGCAGAGUA